AUGGCUGCCCCUGAGCGGUGCACGGUGGGAGCUGUAGUUCUCAGGUCUAGGGGUUGGCGGCCUCCGACCAAGCUCCGGCCUCCUACGGAUGGCGGCAGCGACACGCAGCUGCCGGCCCUGGGGCUCGCUCCCCGGGCUACUGGCGCUGGUCUCUGCCGCGGCCGCCACCUGGGACUUGACUUCGCUGCGCUGCAACUUUGGUUCCUUCUGCGAAUGCGACUUCCGGCCGGACCUGCCGGGCCUGGAGUGUGACCUGGCCCGGCAUCUGGCCGGCCAGCAUCUGGCCAAGGCGCUGGUCUUGAAGUCGCUGAAGUCCUUUGUGCAGGACCCGGCUCCAAAGAAGCCACUGGUCCUCUCCCUGCACGGCUGGACCGGCACCGGCAAGUCUUACGUUAGCUCCCUGCUGGCGCAGUACCUCUUCCAGGGCGGCCUCCGCAGCCCCCACGUACACCACUUCUCUCCCAUCAUCCACUUCCCGCACCCCACCCACAUCGAGCGCUACAAGAAGGAUCUUAAGAACUGGGUCCAGGGGAACCUCACUGCCUGUGGCCGCUCCCUCUUUCUCUUUGACGAGAUGGACAAGCUGCCCCCAGGGCUAAUGGAGGUCUUACAGCCUUUCCUGGGUGCCUCCUGGGUUGUGUAUGGCACCAACUACCGCAAAGCCAUCUUCAUCUUCAUCAGCAACACUGGUGGUGAACAGAUCAACCAGGUGGCCUUGGAGGCGUGGCGCAGCCGCCGGGAACGUGAGGAGAUCGGCCUGCAGGAGCUGGAGCCCAUCGUGUCCCGGGCUGUGCUGGAUAACCCACACCAUGGCUUCUGGCGCUCGGGCAUUGUGGAGGAGCACCUGCUGGACGCCAUGGUCCCCUUCCUCCCGCUGCAGCGACACCAUGUGCGGCACUGCGUGCUCAAUGAGCUGACCCAGCUGGGGCUGGAGCCCCAGGACGAGGUGGUGCAGGCUGUACUUGAUAGCACCACCUUCUUCCCCGAGGAGGAGCAGCUUUUCUCCUCCAAUGGCUGCAAGACCGUGGCUUCUCGGAUCACCCUCUUCCUCUGACACCAGCCUGGCAUCCUUACCUCCUCUACCUGGUCGGGGCCACACAGGAAAGGCCUGGGACCUCCGCUGAGGGACCUUGUCUCAAGCCUGCUGAGAGUGGGACCCAGAAUACAGAAGUCAAGAUCAAUGGGCCAAGAACAAAGGGCUAGCAGGGCCCCGCCUCUGAACUGGGGGAGCGGGCACCACAGCCUUGGCUACCUCCUCCAGGGAAACCCCUGGCACCCCAAGACUUUACUGUCUUGACCUCGCCCUGCAGCCUGGGGCUGCUUCCUGUGAAUUGUAACUCAGGGACCACCAUUUCAGCUGCUUCCUCUGUCCUGGCUCUUACCAGAGCCCCCUGCCCCGGUACUAGACCCCUACCCCUCAGCCUCUGAUCCAGGACCACAGAUCAUGGACAAACCGACGCUGCCACCCGCACCUGGAUUUAGAAGUUUUCAGUUUUGUAAAUGAGCAAGUAUAAUAAACUUAGCCAUGGGACUGUA